GGGGGGCGGGAGGGGGGGUCGUUGCUGGUUCCACCGGUGUCAAUACAAAAGAGGGAGCGGAGCGCGGCGCGGCGGAGCCAGGCAGCCUCCCGCGGAAUCGGGGACAUGGACAUGAAGAAAAGGAUCCACUUAGAGCUGCGGAACAGGACGCCCUCCGACGUAAAAGAACUUGUUCUUGACAACUGCAGGUCAAAUGAAGGAAAAAUCGAAGGCCUCACAGAUGAAUUUGAAGAGCUGGAACUAUUAAGUAUAAUCAAUGUAGGCCUCGCCUCAGUUGCAAACUUACCAAAGUUAAACAAACUUAAGAAGCUCGAAUUAAGUGACAACAGAAUCUCAGGAGGACUGGAAGUAUUGGCAGAAAAAUGUCCAAACCUCACACAUCUAAACCUAAGUGGCAACAAAAUAAAGGAUCUUAGUACAAUAGAACCUCUGGAGAAGUUAGAAAACCUGAAGAGUUUAGAUCUUUUCAAUUGUGAGGUCACUAACUUGAAUGACUACAGAGACAAUGUCUUCAAACUUCUCCCUCAACUCACAUAUCUGGAUGGCUACGAUCGAGAUGAUAAAGAGGCCCCUGAUUCGGAUGCAGAAGGCUGUGUGGAAGGCCUAGAUGAUGACGAGGAGGAGGAGGAGGAGGAGGAUGAAGAGGAAUAUGAUGAAGAGGCUCAGUUAGGAGACUAUGAGUUAGAGGAAGAGGAGGAAGAGGAAGCAGAAGAGGAGGAUGUGAGUGGAGAAGAGGAGGAGGAUGAAGAGGGUUAUAAUGAUGGUGAAGUAGAUGAUGAAGAGGAGGAUGAAGAAGCUGAUGAAGCACGGGGGGAGAAGAGAAAACGAGAGGCCGAUGAUGAAGGCGAGGAGGACGAUUAAUUGCGACGUAAUCUGUUUUGGGGAAAAAUAAGUUUCCUAUUGUGAUUUGACUGUUUAUACCUUGUAUUUUCACCCCUUCUCACCCCCCUCCCUGGAAUGUAAUGUUGCUGUGAGAUCAAGAAGGAAAUGCUUAAUUUUGUGGGCAAGGGAAUUAAAAUAACGUUUUUUAAAAAAAAAACUGCCGCUCAAACUGCUACAUUUUGUUUCUGAAAAUUUUACUUUAUCUGUUAUUCCUGUUCAUGCAAUAGCAAAUAGAACACAAAAGAUGAGUUUGUUUUUCUUGGAGUGGCUCGUCCUGGACUCUUUGGAUUUUUUAAAAAAAGUUUUUUAAAAAUAAAUAUGAGCCAGAAGAUUUCCACGAUUCAGAUUGAUGGCCGGAAUUGGGAGGGUAGAGGGAUAAUUUGAGCCUGGAGACUCAGUGGCUUCUUUUUUUUUCUUUUUGUCAGUUUAUGAGGAUAUUGUAAGUAUUUCUUUCUUCUGUUCCGGAUGCAGCAAAAUUGGCCGUGGGAGCAUUCCAGCCGCCGCCACCGCCGCAGGGGUGCAGCAGCGUCUUGACAAGCAAAGUGUUUUCUUGUUACCUGUUUUGUGAACGGCUGCCGUUCCCAGAAACCCCUUUUCUUCCACUUCCUAUUGGUAACAUUUACUUGGCUGUUUGUAAAUAGUGACCAAAUAUGUAAUUUCUCUCUCUCUCUCUCUCCUCUCUUUCUUUCUAUUUGGUUUGUGGGGGUGACUUUGCAAAUUUUUAUUUUAAAAAAUCUUGUAGAGCACGGCUCCCUGGUCAGCUCUCCUUGAAUGGGAACUGCUCAAGAGUAUGGCAGGCUUCUUGUUCAGCUCCCAUUCCAGUUGGCUCGUAUUCUGGCUGUUAAGGGGGUAUAGAACAGUUCUCUGUAAACUGCAGUCAUGGAAAUAUCUAUAAAUAUAUAUAAAAAGUGUUCCUAAUUUCCUGAGUUAACUGGUGAAUUGCAUUUGACAGUUGUAAUAAAAAAAGAAAAUGUUUGAACCCUUUUAACUAAGGUGUGUACUAUUUUGGUUUGUAAAAUGCUAUAUAUAAAAACAUAUCAACAUCUCCUUGAUAUUAGGUGAUGAGAAUGUUUCCACUUGUGCUCUACAGUACUCUGAAGAUUUUUGCAAACCUUUUAAUUACCAGAGAGGACAGUACUGAAUGCCCAGACCAGCGGGGUCUUGCUUCAUACACUCAGGCAUAGAUUGCUGAUAGAAAAGUUGUAUUUUCUUAAAGUCAGUAAAUUGACUGCAAAGUACCUAGUUGAAUGUACAGAUUUAAUUUCAUGUCCCUCUUCAAAAAGAGCAUUAGAAGUAACUUGUAUUUUCUAGCCAGUGUCUCAUCUGUAUAUAAACAAACACAGCCAUUGCGACCUUCCCUCUUGCUCCCCAAAGAGCCAGACAUUUUGAGUUUUAUGUCUUUGUUAAUUAUGAAUUUCAAUAAAUCUUUUUAUACAA